UCUUUCGAUGUAAACAAUGCUGAAUAGACUGCAAGUUCGCUAUACAAAUGAGAUAACAUUCAUAGCGCAUUUGAAAUGAAAACAAAGGAUUUAACUACAAAUACGCCGUCUUCAAUUUUAUUGGUUGAUUGAUCUGCUAUAAUGGAAAUACUGGAAUUGAGCCGAGCUAUAUCAUUUUAAAAUAAAGACGAUUUUGUUGCCAAAAAGGUGAACACUAUCAAGGUGCUUUUUCAAAUUUAUGCGGAAUAUUAUGAAUACCCGUAAAAAAAUCUUUACAUUUAUACAGAAAGAGAAAUUCGGAAAUUGUUCUAACUGAUUCUGGUUUCAUUUAGUAGAAAACCGUACUUAACAGACAUGUUCGAGUCGGUACUGUUGACACUUUUAUUUGGAAUUAUCGGGUUGGUUUUAUACGUAUGGCUAACAAAGAAGGACAAUGCUAGAGAGUCACCUAUGCCAGCUCAAAAUCAAGUAGACACUGAAGCCAUUCAUAGCUACAACGAAGGUCGUAAAGAAGCAGAAACUGAAGACGUCCGGACAGAAAUUGAAGCUGAAAAUCAAGAAGUCACUGAGGCCGUUCAGAGAGACAAAGAAGGUCGUAAUGAAUCAGUAACUGAAAAAGUUCGGAUAGAAAUUGAAGGUCGUAAUGAAUCAGUAACUGAAGAAGUUCGGACAGUUAUUGAAGCUCAAAAUCAAGAAGUCACUGAAGCCGUUCAGAGAGACAACGAAGGUCGUAAUGAAACAGUAGCUGAAGAAGUUCGGGCAGAAAUUGAAGGUCGUAAUGAAUCAGUAACUGAAGAAUUUUGGACAGUAAUUGAAGGUUGUAAUGAAGCAGUAACUGAAGAAGUUCGGACAGAAAUUGAAGCUCAAAAUCAAGCAGCCAGUAAAGCCUUUCAGAGAGACAACGAAGGUCAUAAUGAAGCAGUAACUGAAGACGUUCCGACAGAAAAUAAAGCCAAUGCCGUGCUGAAUGCUUCUAAUGAAGAUUCAAUGGAUUCCUUCGAGGAAAUAACAAUGACAGAAGAAAUGCAAUACGAAUAUGAACAAACGCUAGGCAGAGGAGGAUUUGUCGCUUUGCAGAAAAAGAUAAACUCGCAGUUGAACGAUUGGAAAAAUACAGAGAUACGGUUUGCUAUCAUUGGUGAAUCAGGAUCAGGCAAGUCCUCCUUUAUAAACGCAAUGCUUGGACUUAGUGGGGACGAUCCUCAAGCGGCAAAGGUAGGCUGCAAUGAGUGCACGACAGUAUGUGAAGAAUUUCAACACCCUCAAAAGAAGACAUUAUUUUUUAAUGAUCUUCCUGGUGUAGGAACCCCAAACUUUCCGAGAGAAUCUUACCUGGAAACUGUGCAGUUUCAACGUUUCCACUUCUUUAUAUUGAUUACAAGUUGUCGGUUUAAAGAAAACGACCUAUGGCUGGCUAAAGAAAUCCUAAAGAAUAAAAAGCACUUCUAUUUCGUCAGAACCAAAAUAGAUGCCGACAUAAGAUCGGACAAAAGAGCCCAUCCGUCAACACACAAUCAAGACAACAUGAUUCAAGCCAUUCGAACCAUCACAGCCGAACAUUUGAAAACAGCACACAUGAGUCAAACCAAUGUUUUUCUGAUAGACAAUUAUGAUACAAGACGUUUUGACUUUGAUAAAUUGAAUGAAAGAUUCAUUGUCGACGCAUCGUCACACAUAAAGAAAUCAUUGAUCUUUUCGAUAUCGACUGGAAGUUCUGGCAUUCGAAAGGAAAAGGUCGCUGCUCUUCGUUCGCGGAUAAAACGCCAGGCAUUGCUUGCUUCAAUCGGCUCACUUACCCCGAUUCCAGGAGUUGGAUUAGCUUGUGAAGUUGCAAUACUUAUGACGGAAGUGACAUUUUACAAAUUACAAUUAGGAACUGAUGCAGAAACCAUGGAACAGCUGGCAGCAAAGAUGGGUAUAUCUUUGGAAGCGUUGUACGCGAACACCGGUACGACUUCACACAUUCUCUUAGCAUCAAAAGAAAGCUUUCUUAGGUUUUGUGCUGAAAUUGUUUUGUCUGAAACGUCAGAGACCCUGCUUAAACUGACUAUUCCUAUUUUAGGAAAUUUAGUGUCUGCAGUGGGUACCUUUCCUGUGUGUUGCUAUACAUUGAACAGAUUACUGAACAUGUGCAAUAAAGAGGCUAAGAAUGUGUACAAGGCGUUCGAGCAAUGUAUGGUUAACAAAACAUGUAUCAAAAUCGAGUGAUUUAAAACGAAUUAACACUGUCAAAAACAAACGUGUACAAUGUAUCGCGUACAUCAGCCCGGGAUAACUUGGUGUUUGCAAAUGGCUCUUAAGCAGCAAAUCAUGAUAUCUUUUUGGAUUUAUACAAUAUAAAGUACUGUCGUAUGAAUUAUAUUACUCUUUUGUCAUGCAAGUAUAACAUUUCCCCCAACCUCAUAUCAGUAGAUCCAAUAAUUUUACCGUGCUAGAAAUUCUUAUCUUGCCCAUGGACGAAGUCAUGGAAACUUUGUCUUGUGGCAAUAUUUAGAUUGCUUAUUGAUUAUUUCUCGCUUCAAGUGUCACCAUACAAUAGUUUUCACGCAUCUUUCAAGAAAAAAUGCUUCACUCUCCUUGGAUCUAUUUAAAGACCGAUUUGCCUAUUAACAUAAUCUGAAUCAAUGCGCGCACAUCCAUGACAACCACGAAUUAUUGCAUUUCCUUUCAUUUAUUUUCACAACGCACAACGGAGUUCUAGCAAAAAUACAUUUUACUCAACUUUUUGUUAAGGUGGGAGAUAAAAACAUCUACCAUAGCCGCUUGUGAAGUACAUGUUUCACCCAACCCUCGCGCAGGGUGUUUAGCGUGAACUCGGUAAACCUCGUUUCCGCAAAACACCCUACGCUCGGGUCGGAAUGAACCUAUCUUACACUCUCGGUCAUCGAAGAUACUUAAAGAAUAAACAUUUAAUUAUUUAUAUUAAGGAAUGAGUGCGAACAUUGGUCGUAAAUCUGUUUGUACCAUUGUUUUAUUUUUCUUAUUGUGUGCUAUUGUUGUUCUAUGUUUCAAAUAUGCGUUUGCUAUUUAGAUAUGUUUGAUCUUUGUCGUGUUAAAAAUUGUAACAUUCAUUGAAAAUGGGACAUAAUUCGGCUUUUAACAUGUUCUAUGUUAAUUAUCGUCAAUAGAUAUGUUUAGCAUUAAUGUGUUUUUGCACGAAUAUGAUGCCGCCGCCGACAACGUUACCAAGAUUACGAACUACUUUUACUUGUGUUUUAGUUGACGCCCGUGCCGUUUAGCUACCAAGAUGUAAUGUUUCAGUACCCGGUCUUGAACAAAUAAAAAUGAACAGGGUAUAAAGGUAAUUGAAGCUAUUUUGUAAGGUACAACGUAUAUGCAUCAAUAUAUAUCUUAU